GAGAGAGCGACAGGGCGAGACACCUGACCUCUCUGCUGCGGUGCUCUGUCCAAAUCUCUCUCUCUCUCUCUCUCUCCCUUCCUGUGAAGGCAAAGCCCGGGAAACUGUCGCCCAUCUCGAGAAAGCUACGCCCGCGAAGCGGAUCAAAAAAAAAAAAAAAAAUCGUAUCCAACGGCUAUUUCCUUCGUCUUCCGUUCUUCUAUUUUGGUCCGAUUCUAUUGUUUCAACCGAUCUUUUUUCUUCGAGGAGAAAAGAGCGCAGGGACUUCGAUUUCUGGGGAGCUUUGAUUGCCAUUAGACAUCAUCUCUCUCUUUCUCUCCGCGCUAUCCUUGCUAUCCUUCCAAGAUGUAAUGAAGGAAGCCGCUCAACCUUUUCUGUCUCCCUCGUCGGUCUCUCCCUUCCCCCAAGUUACAGAGCUUUGAAGCCGAGGAUGGGAUUCUGGAUGGUGGAGGAAUUGCGGCCAACUUUUUCUGAAAUUCUGUAAUAUUUGUGAAAGAGAAUACGUUUGGAGUUGAGGUGGACUCUACUCCUGGGAACUUUUACUUGGCAAAGCUGAAAAUGGAUGAGGUUUUAAUGCAGAACCAGUUUAUAGCCAUGGAUAAAGCAGGAAGUGUAGUUUUGGAUAUUGAAAGUCUUACACAGCAGCCUGAUAAAUGCUGCUCUGGAAGUCCAAAAAUGACUAAGGCUCUUUCUCGUAAGGGUUCAUGCCGCAUGGAGAGACGAAUGGGUGAGGAGCAAGAAACAGAUGAUGCAUCUAAAAAGAUCGUAGUUAAAGUGGUGCCUUCUCAGCUGGAGCAGUUGAAGCAGCCCUUGGUACCGAACAGAGCUCUUGUACCUGCACCAUCUGCAGCUAAUAGCCCUGUUCUCACAGAUUCUGGUGAAGGAAGGUAUAAAAGAUUCAAUCGCUUAACGACCAUCCACCCGAGGAAAAUUCUUCUUUUCUUUGCAACUAUGUCUAGCAUGGGGUCGAUGAUUCUAAUAUAUUUCACACUUGCCAUUAACCGAAGAGGUGGAGCUUAACUGCAGUUUUGAAGGUUAGGUGGGAGAACAGCUCAGCUACUUACCUUUAUAAAGGUUUUGUGGGGGAGCAGCACAGCAGAUGCAACUAUUAACUACCUGCAGACGAGCAUAUGAUUCUGUUUCCCCCGCCUUUAUCUCUGCAAACGAGCAACGAGCAAUUAGUACAAGCAAUAUAGAGAAAGAACUGCAUUGCUCUGUACUGGGGUAGGUGUUAUGGGAUCUAACUGCUAAAUCCCAACUGUAAAGUUCUAAAACUCAGUACUUUUGGGGCAGUGAAAUGUCCUGAAUAUCUUCAGAGCUUGCCUUCAUUGCACUGCCUCACAAUGAUACCGUUGAGUGCGUUGUAUUGUUCAUUACUGAACGGUUGUGUUCUUGCUUCCAAUUAUUUUUCCCUUUAAUUCGUUGGGUGCUCUAUGGAUAUUUUUGCUCUGUUUAGUUAAUUCCAAUGUACAAUCAUUGGUCUGGUGACUUACUGU